AUGGACCGCCGUUUGCCGCAGGUCAUUGGAAAGCAGGCGGCCACCAUCAUUGAGAUCCGCGAGAAGAGUGGAGCCUUUAAGGUGGACGCCAGAGAUCAAACGGCGGAUCCAUGCAUGGUGAAGGUGGCGGGUACUGCAGAGGCCGUCAGGAAGGCCAAGGAGUUAAUCUUAGAGCUGAUCGACCAGACAAAGUCGAAACAUCAAAGCUCACAUUAUGUGGAGAUUCCAAGAUCCAAGAUCGGCAUGGUCAUUGGAUUGAAAGGAGCACAGGUGAACGAGGUGCAACAGCAAACACAGACGAAGAUUGACGUGGACUUUGACACUGACCCUUGCAAGUGCUAUAUCAAGGGCGAUGCUGAUAAUGUGGACCGCGCCAAGAAGGUGCUUCUCACGAUUGCCAUGCAACUUGAGGACGAGCAUUCGGAGUACCUGGACCUGCCAAAGACUGUCUCGGGCGCCUUGAUCGGUGCCCAAGGCUCGCGUAUUCGGCAGUUUCAGGAUACCAGCGGUGCGCGGAUCGACAUCGACAAGUCGGGCGCGCGGUGUAAAGUGAGGCUGACGGGAAGCCAGGAAGCUAUCACCAUCGCCAAGUCUUUGAUUCAGGCUGAGUUGGACAAGAAUAUGACUCCCACCAAGACACCUGCGGCGGCCGCACUGUCUGGUGGCGUCUCGCAUGGAGCCGUUACGGUGCCAGUGCACCAACCCAACAGCUUCCCCGCGACACUCUCCGAGUCGAUCGCCAGGGCAAGGGCCGCGGCAGAGGCUGUGAAGCAUGGGUCUGGAGCUCAAGAUAUGUAA